AUGGAGCUGCCAUGGGUCUUCAAGCAGCAGUGGUAUGAAAACAACAAAGUCUUCCCCAUCAUGAAACUGCCUGGCGAGAUACGCAACAAAAUCUACCUCAAUCUGUUCGAAAAUCGAUGCUAUCCCUUCAGGUACCGCACCUACCCACGGCCGGGAGGCCGGGAGAUCUCAACGGAGCAUGCACCCGAACAAGCUGUCGUCUACCUCAGCAAGCAAACACGCAAUAAAUUCCUCGGACUACUCUUCUCCGAGACGAUGUUCUGCUUCAACGACGUUGGCGACAUGGAGCGCUUCGCCAGAUUCCUCGAGAACCGACGCGGCCCGCUCAACGCAAGGCACCAACCGAUGAAAGUCGAGAUCGAUCUUAAGCAGAUUGAGCUUCUGAACGUGUUCGGUGCUAAGCUCACUCCCGCGCUGCAAUGGGUCCCCAACGCCGCGAUGAUUUGUCUGCUUGACAAGCCGACGAAGCUCAAGGAGUUGCAUAUCAUCAUUCCGUGUCCUGCCGAUUUGAUGGCGAGACGGGCAAGAUCGUGGGAGUUAGUCGGCGAAGAAUGGUGCCACAGGAAGGUCAUCGACCAGUUCUUGAAGGCGGCCUUUGGGUACAUCAAAGCCCAUGAAAAGGUCGUCUUCUACGGAUGGGUCAAAGAGACCCAACGAGCGCAAGCGUUCGAUAUGAUCGAGUUUCUCAAGGCGGCCGAAUCCAAGCAGAACACUCUCGAGAACAUGCGUAUCGACAAAGACGACGAAUUCGGCGGCGCAAGGCUUCCCUCCGCACAUCGUCGCAGGUACAUUCUGAGCUCUGUCUUCGCCGAGGACGCCCCAGACGAAGAUGAUCCCGACGACAACUCUCAGCACAACCGUGACAGGCUGGACCACUACUUCUACACCCAUGACGAAGUUGUCGACGACGACAGCGAUGAUGACGACGACGACGACGCUGAAUACAUCAGGCUCGCUCAAGGCCCUUUCGGUGCGUUUGUGAGGAGUACCCGAGCCUCGGCUCACAACGCUGUGCGUUCGACUCGUGGACACCGGGGCCUGCCGCCGCCCCUUCCCAGCCAGGCGCUUAAUAGGAAGAGCAGUUUCAGAGAUAGCAUGGGGGAUGCCGCGAGACACGCGCGGAAGUUACUGAAGAGAGGCUUCCAGAAGAUCAAGAGGAGCUUUAAGAAGAGCGGAUGA